AUGUUUCUUAGUCUGAAUAACCCUUUUCUCUACAGUAUUUUUGAGCAGUGGCUCCGAAGGCAUCACCCUCUUCUAGAAGUUUAUCCAGAAGCUAAUGCACCCAUUGGACAUAACCGGGAAUCUUACAUGGUUCCUUUUAUACCACUCUACAAAAAUGGCGAUUUCUUUGUUUCAUCCAAAGAUCUGGGCUAUGACUAUAGCUACCUACAAGAUUCAGACCCAGACUCUUUUCAAGACUACAUUAAGUCCUAUUUGGAACAAGCCAGUCGGAUCUGGUCAUGGCUCCUUGGGGCAGCAAUGGUAGGGGCCGCCCUCACUGCCCUGCUGGCAGGGCUCGCCAGCUUGCUGUGCCGUCACAAGAGAAAGGAGCUUCCUGAAGAAAAGCAGCCACUCCUCAUGGAGAAAGAGGAUUGCCACAGCUUGUUGUAUCAGAGCCAUGUAUAAAAAAAAGGCUUAGGCAAUAAAGUAGGGCCAAAAAGCCUGACCACACUGACUCAAAGUAAUGUCCAGGUUCCCAGAGGAUAGCUGCUGGUAUCUUUCUGAAAAGACCGUUUGCAAAAUUGUGACCUAAUACAAGGUGUACCCUUCUUCCAACUCAGGUGGAACACGUCUGUCUUUGUCUUGCUGUUUUGACUCGGCCCUUUUAACAUUUUUCCCCUAAGCCCAUACUUCUAAGGAAAGGAUGCUAUUUAGUAAUGAGGAACUGUUGCUUGUAUCUGAAUUAAAGUGCUCUUAUUAAAAAAUUGAAAUAAUUUUGAUUUUUGCCUUGAUUAUUUAAAAAUACAUAUUUUUUAUUGGCCCUAUCUUUAUUUUAAGAAAACAGUGACAAAUCUA